AUGUACAGGACAACUAGCGAAGGCGCAGCCUCCACUGCUGGAAGUUCAUCGAAAAAAUGGCGGCUGCCAAGACCUUUGCGAUCCAAGAGGAGCAGAGCUUCCAAGGGUGACAACGGAAAGACGUCCGGGCCCCAUGAAUUUGAUCCCAAUGACUCAUCGCCACAUCUUCGAUCAGAUCCUGGCUCCAUGCAUGCCAUGCACGAGAUGCAGGAAAAUAACUAUAAACAAUUGCAGAUUUUCAUACAGCGAAUGCGCUCUGCGCCUUCCGGCCCAAGCCAUGUCGAUGCUGCCUAUAGAGAGUUCGAGAAGAUCCGGGAACCUUGCGCAACGCUUUGCUAUGGUAUUUUACAGGACGAGCUAAGACUCGCUCCGGCAAUGUCAAGCACCACUGAAACAGCAACUCGGCGGGACUCUUCGCUGGACUCUCCUUGUAGCCCAGGGGCCAUCAUCUAUGACCAAAGAAGCUCUUUCAGCAGCCGCAGCCUUGCCGAGGUGGUUCCUGGGAGUGUCAUCAAGCCCGGUCUAGUGAAUGAGCUGUGGUUAAAUGCCGUCAGAGAUUGGAAGGCCUGCCUGGAAAUACUGUGCGAAGCCUUCAAAGUCAGCUUGGCCGACACUUAUAAGAACUACGAGCGCGAUGCAACCCCAGAAAUGGUCGAUUUGCUUUUCACAAGUAGGAAGUUUCGCCGAGAAGCAGUGCAUCGCAUGAGGAAUGCUAGCGUCACCAGAGUCCUCUCUGCGGAUCCUCAAUUUUUCCCCAGAUACGAGAUCCGUUUUAGAAACUAUGAAAGAGUCAAGAAAGAAGUAACUGAAGUUCGGCAGCUUCUCCAAUCUGGCGAAUCGGGAAUUUCACCCUCAAGAGACAUUCAGGAAUUCUCUAUCGCACAACAGGGAGACGUCAUGCUUGAGUUUGCAAAUAUUGGCAGCGAAGCGUCCCACGACGACCCAGUUUUGCGCUUUCGUGUCUCAUCUUACAUGCUUGCUGAGACAUCCCCCAUCUUUGCGCGCAUGUUCUCCGGGCAUGCGAGCAGCAUGCAGUUGCACGAAGCCGAAGACAUCGUGCCUCAUUUGCCGCCCUCUCCUACACCGUUUUAUGAAAUGAACCGGCAUCAAUCCCUAGAGAUCUUAAUGCAUGCGGCACAUAUGCACAACGAAUCAGUACCGAGAGAGGUCAGUUUUGAACAGUUCAUCGCCAUAGCGGACUGUUCUAUGAGAUACAAGAGUACAUCACCAUUGGAAAUGGUGGUUGAACACAGGUGGCUCCCUCAAUGGAUGCACCGAGGCGCCGACGACAUGCCUGAUGGAGUCUUGCUCAUCAGUUAUGCAUUCGGCUCUAGGCAGCUCUUCACUCGAAUGUCGAAGAGUGCCAUUUUGCACUUGGUGGAUGAAAAGGACUUACAAAGCAAGCCUUGGCCGCAGAAAAUUAAGGACAAGAUUUGGGCAGUUAGAUGUGCCAAGUUGGCUCAGGUUUAUUCUUGUUGUACUAAUGCUAUUCAAGAAUACAUUCGCCCGCCGAAUCGAGAUUCAUCCAGAGGGUUGGAAAUCCAUCCCCGGAUGGAGAUGGCGUCAAGCCUGCAGAUUCCGGCAGCACCCCCAGCUGAGGCAACCACCUUGACAAGUUCGCCGAGAUGCCCCAAGGGAAGUCACGUUUGUGACGCCGCCAAUCUCGGCUGGAUGAUGCUCAUUUUUAACCAAAUGAACUUGCUGCCGAAAAUUCUGCAGCCCGCCAUUCUAUCUCACAUGGCAGAGCCCGAACAAGCGCCGAGGAGCUUAGCCCAGAUGGUGGAAACUCUGAUGAUGAUGCCCAGCCCCAUGUCACCUGUUCAUCGUGGAGUCUGUGACCCAAGUCCGGCCUUCCGCACGGCCAUUGCCGACAUAUACAACAGUGUUACUGGCCUCACGCUCCAUGAUAUUAGUGGAAAGAGCCAUGGCUGGGCUUUGUCGAAGCACCGGAUGUUGGAUCCACAAACAAUUCAAGCAACAGGCCUGAGCCGCAUGGCAGCCAGCGAUGAUAAUUACUCAGUGGCUACUGAAUUCCCCAACUCCAUCCGCCUCCAGGUGCUCAGUGAGAUUGACGAUCUCACAGACCUACAUGCCGCGGCUCAGAUCAACAGGGGCUUCUACGAAACAUAUCGAGCCCAUGAAUUGAAAUUGAUGCGUAAUUGUCUUCGUGCAGACCGGUUUAGAACACCGAGAGGCGAAAAACCUGAAGACAAGGUUCGAACGGAGGAGUCAGAGAAGAUCAAGAGGCAGAGACCUACUGAAGAAGCAGACGCUGUUACGAUUAGUACAGACUACGAUGAUCUUUCAGACGAGAGUGAUGAAGACGAUCUAGAGGGGAUUGAGGGAGCAAAGACGUCUCCUAAAAGCAUCGCACUCUCAAGCCCGCCUCUAAUCACUGAACCGCCUUCAUGCGCAGAAGAUGAAAGUCGCUCCUCUGAAGAUGCUGCCUCGCCGACCACCCCGCGACAAGUAAUUCUGGACAGCCCGUUGCCUUCUCCGUGCUCGCCAACGAAACCGGAUCAAACAGCAGUCACCGUUGAUAUCGAAGAACCGCCAACACCAAUGACUGACGAAGAGGCACGGAGAAUUUUGUGGCCUGACACCAUAAUAGCAGAAUCAUCGACCCCAUUUAGCCUUCCACCUCCUGGGAUGAAAGCAAUACGCGAAAAGUUCCGGGCAGGCAAUCGUCUUUUCGCCGAGGCAUUGGAAGAUAAGACGCUGGUCAUUACUGGAGACAAGCAGUUACGAAGCGAGUUGGAUCAAAGAAUUGGUCUGUUGAAGAAGGUCCAAGACAACAGGCGGAAUAGUUGGGGGAAUAUUGCAUCUGGCGGCUGUGGAUCGGAAGCCUAG